AUGCCUGAUGUGUUUCCUGGUCCCGAAGGAGAACCGCAAUCGGAUAGGAUGCUUGAGAUGAAACUCUUCCACCACUAUCUAACAGAGACAUACAUCACACUCUGUCAAGGGCGUCUAGAUGCUCACCACUUUCAAGUGGUUGUCCCACGGAUCGCGGUCUCCCAUGCCUUCUUGCUGGACAGUCUACUAGCAAUGUCUGCUCUUCAUCUAGCGUACCUGAACACUCAUGAUAACCGUCCAUGGCUCGAGAUUGCCCUUAAAUACCAGAACAGAGCCUGUUCAGCAUUCACCCGUGUACUCGCGGAAAUGACACCCGAGAACUGCGCACCAGCAUUCCUGUGCUCCAUCUUCAUUAUGCUCUGCGCAACGGCCUACCCGUGUGUCACCCAGGAUAAGCAUACAUUCGAGCCUUUGUCCCAUGUCUUGGAGAUCCGGCAGCUCAUAGCGGGAUGUGCAUUUCUUUUUGAACAGCUUAGCGGCAUGGAAUAUCGGGGUGACCUCCAAGGGUGGCUGAAGUACAAGGAUGACGAGAUCGAUCAAGAUGGGAAUCCCUACCACGUACAGGAAUCCCAGAUCAAACUACGCAGCCUUGGUGGGCCGAAUCAGACAACGUACCAAAACACGUGGGAUAUUCUUCAUGAAGCCAUCAAACGAUGGCCAUUCGGCGGCCCAAACGGUGGCAUUAUUGCGUGGCCCAUAAACAUCAGCGAAGACUACAUUGCUCUGCUAAAAAGUGGAGACUGGGUGGGCCGGGUGCUAUUUCUACACUACGGGGUCGGAUUGCACCUUCUCUCCGACAAGUGGUUUGUCCGAGACUGGGGCCGACGUCUUAUUGAAACAGUCCUGCAAUCGCAGGAAGAUAUACCCCCAAUUUGGACCGAAACCAUCACCUGGACAAAGGAGGCCGUGGAGCUUUAA